AUGAAGAUGCUGCUGGCUUUUUUCUUCAUCCUUUUCAUCCACAUGUCUGUUCCCCAAAACACUGAUAGUACAGAUAUUGUCCUGUUGCUUUCUGGCCAACAGGACACGGGAAAUUACACAUUUCCUUACAUGAAAGACUUUGUUAGCAAAUUGAUAUACAAUCUGCCACUGGAAUCUGACCAAUACCGUCUUGCACUUGCCCAGUACAAUGAUGAUGUUCGUGAAGAGUAUGAACUGGACACAUGUAAAACAAAGCAGGAGAUGUUGAUGCAGGUGCAAGACAUGCAAGCAUUGCAAGGUGGGCCGCUAAAAACUGGCAAUGCACUCUGUUAUAUUUAUGAAAGAUAUUUCGAAGAACUGGUUAAUGGAGCAGAUGAUAGAAAUCAGGUUUUAGUGGUCCUGUCUUCUUUGCCUUCUGAAGAUGACGUGGAAGUGUCAGCGAAAAUGUUACAAGACAAUGGAAUAAAAGUGAUAGCCCUUGGGAUACAUGAAUCUGUGGUGCAACAGCUGAGCUUGAUGGCUAUGCAGUCAUUCUUUAUUUUCCUAAAAAGGGACCUCCCUAUGUUUUCUUAAAAUGUCUCCAAUAUUAUUGCAGAGUUCCAAAUGGAUAGCAUUAAAGAAUUAUGUGAUGGAGACUCAGUUGCUGACAUUGUGUUUAUAGCUGAUCGUGGUACUUCAAAGUCAAACUUCGAAGAAUUAAAAAAAUUCCUGCAAAGCCUAACAUCCUCAUUGGAUGUGAAGGAGAAAUGCAUAAGAAUUGGCCUGGUGAUGUACACUGAUGGACAAGAAGUGAUGUCUCAUCUGAACACAGACACAAACAAAGCUGAAAUUCUGCAGGUAAUACAGAACCUUUCUGCUGGGUCAGGAAAAGCCAACACUGGUGCAGCUAUUAAUGUCACAAGGCUAAAGCUCUUUAGUGAAAGUGCUGGGAGCAGAAAGAAGCAAGGGGUAGAGCAAAUAGCUGUUCUGGUUACCCACAGACUUUCUCAAGACAAUGUGAGUGAUGUUGCUACUCUUCUGCGGAGAAGUGGUGUGACAGUGUUUGCCAUAGGUGUUGAAGAUGCUUCUGAUCAACAGCUGGUCCAGAUAGCCUCUUAUCCUCAAGCGCAGUAUGUUACCAAAGUCAAGGUAUUUUCUGAUCUGCAAAGGGAAAAUACGAUUUUUCGAAAGAAGCUCUUGAAUCAAGUACAAAACAAGCUCUAUGUCCACUCUGAAAGAAAAGAGAUUCUCAAGACAGGAUGCCAGGACACAGAAGAAGCUGAUAUUUAUUUCCUCAUUGAUGGUUCAUCAAGUCUUGACUACUCUGAUUUUGUGGAUAUGAAGAAUUUUUUGAAGGAAAUGAUCAGGCUGUUUUACAUAGGAACGAAUAAAGUUCGAUUUGGACUCGUGCAGUUCUCACAUUUCAAUGAACUGGAGUUUGAACUUAAUAAGUACACUUCAGCAAGUGAUUUGAUAAAAGGGAUUGAAAAUGUUCGGCAAAUAGGUGGAAAUACCAGUACAGGGGGAGCUCUAGCUUACAUGAAGCCAUUGUUUGAAGAGGCCAGGAGGCAGCGAGGAGUUACAGUGCCUUGCCAUCUAGUUGUUCUCACAGACGGAGAGUCACAGGACAGUGUGAAGGAACCAGCCAUGAAACUCAGGGAAGACCAGGUUAACAUUUAUGCCAUUGGUGUGAGGGAAGCUAAUGAAACUCAGCUUUAUGAGAUUGCAGGAGUGGAAAACAGAGUACACUUUGUACAUGAUUUUGACUUGCUGAAAGACAUUAAAAAUGAAGUUGUCCGAGAGAUCUGUACCACAGAAGUCUGCAAAGAAAUGAAAGCUGAUAUCAUGUUUCUAGUGGAAAGUUCUGAAAAUAUUGGAGAUGAGAAUUUUCGGAAAAUUAAGAACUUCAUGAUAGAGCUGGUGAACAUAACAGAUGUUGGUGCAGACAGAGUGCAGGUUGGUGUUGUCCAAUUCAGCAACAGACCAAAGGAAGAGUUCAAGCUCAACACCUACGCCACCAAAAGAGAUAUCUUCAGUGCUAUUGAUAGGAUAUCUCCCCUUCAAUCCACCACACUGACAGGAGAAGCACUGAAGUUCAUGCUUAAAUACUUUCAAGCCAGUAGUGGUUCACGUCACACAGUUAAAAAAGUUCUCAUCCUGAUCACAGAUGCGGAAUCACAAGAUGAAGUUAAAGCCCCUGCCACACUACUCCGAGAUAAAGGCAUUAUCAUCUACUCUGUUGGAGUUUUUAACGCAAACAAAACUCAGCUUGAAGAGAUUAGUGGGAAGAGUGAGAUGGUAUUCUAUGUUGAAAAUUUUGAUGCUCUAAGCAAGUUAAAAAGGGACCUCAUUUUUUACAUUUGCAGUAGUCCUCCUGAUGAUCAAUGCAGAAGAGUGGAGCGUUUAGACAUUGUGUUUGUUAUAGACAGCUCUGGAAGCAUAGGCUUACAGUACCAGGCCAUGAAAGACUUCAUGAUUGCCCUGGUGAAACAAUCUGAUGUCGGCCCAGAUGGAGUUCAGUUUGGAGCACUAAAAUAUUCUGAUGAACCAGUACUGCUCUUCUACCUCAAUGACUAUACUACAAAACUAGAGAUUACUGAGGCUAUCCAGAGAGAUGAACUUCUAGGAGAAGCAACUUACACAGCAAAGGCACUGGGCCGUUCAGAAAUGUUGUUCACUGAACACCAUGGCAGCCGCAAGAGCAAAGGAGUUCCCCAAGUGCUGAUAGUGAUAACUGAUGGGGAAUCCCAUGAUAAAGCCAUGCUGGAUGAUGUGUCCCAGAGAUUAAGGGACAAAGGAAUUACCAUCUACGCAAUUGGAGUAAGAGGAGCAAAUCGAAAUGAGCUUCUGACAAUGGCUGGGUCAGAGAACAAAUGUUUCUAUGUGGAUACCUUUGAAGGACUUGAGAACUUAACUGCAAAUAUAACAAAUAAUAUAUGUAAUAUUUCAGUACCAGACUGUCCAAAGAAAGCAGAUGUUAUUUUCCUAGUGGACGGUUCCAGAAACAUAGAUGAAGAAAACUUCAGGAUAAUGAUGGACUUUGUGACAAGUGUAAUCAAUCCAGCUGUUAUUGCUCAAAAUACCAAAAUCGGCUUUGCACUGUACGGUAGUGUCUAUAAAGAAGAGUUCAACCUAGGCAUUUUUCCGAACAGAUCAGAACUAGAAUUUCGAAUUCGAAACAUCAAACAAAUUGAAGGACAGCAAAGUAAUAUUGAAAAUGCACUUGAGAAAGUGAAACUCAGCUUCCAACCAGAAAAGGGUAGCAGAAUACAUGAAAAUACUCAACAGAUUUUACUGGUAAUCAUUGCUGGACGAACAACCACUAGAGCUGUAAGAGCAGCAGAAAGCCUGAGGAAGAAAGGUGUUGAUAUAUAUGCCAUAGGCGUGGGAAAUGUUGAUCAGUCCCAGCUAACACAGAUAACUGGAUCAUCAAGUAGGAAAUAUGCCGUUGAUGACUUUUCUAACUUGAAGACCAUAAAAAAAAGACUGGUUGAUGUUAUUUGUGAGGAUGACAAUAGAAAAGUAGCUUGCUUUGUGGAUAUCACUGUGGGAUUUGACAUCUCAUCACAGAGGGAAGGCCACCGCUUAUUUCAUGGACAGACCAAACUGGAAAAGCAUUUCCCUGACAUUUUGCAAGCCCUCCUGUCUCUGAGGGACGUGAGCUGCAAUCUUGGGUCCAAGGCACAGAGCAGUGUGGCUGUUCAAGUGAAGAAUACUGUUACUCCAAUAUCCACAAAGUUCUACAUCGACAAGGAUUCUGUCCUGCGUAACCUGUCAGAUGCUGUGAUCAAGAGACCAUCCCAACUUAACGUUGAAUUCUUGCAGUCACUCUGGGAAACAUUUCAGAACAAGGAUGAGACCCGGCAAAAGGUAUUACUUGUGUUUUCAGAUGGUAUGGAUGAUGACUUAGAAGCCCUCGAACAAAAAUCUGAAGAACUUAAAAAGAAAGGUUUGGCUGGUCUUAUAACUGUUGCUCUGGAAGGAGCCUCCGAUUUUCAAAACCUCCGAUCCAUUGAGUUUGGAAAAGGAUUUGAAUACGGAACUCACUUAGAUAUUGGCAUGACAGAUAUCGCUAGCAGGCUAUCCAAGUUCUUGAACAAUAUUGCUGAGAGGACCUGCUGCUGUUUGUCUUGCAAAUGUACUGGGGAAGAAGGUGAAAUGGGAGCUAUGGGAAGACGAGGGAUAAAGGGACCCAAUGGUGUUAAAGGCAACCUGGGAUAUCUUGGCGAUGAAGGAGAACCGGGCCCAAGAGGACCACCUGGACCAGGAGGAAGAAAAGGCAACAUGGGGUGUCCAGGCAAAAGAGGUUUAAAGGGGUUUCGAGGAUUUUCUGGAAAAAAGGGUGACAAUGGGGAAGAUGGGAGUGAUGGAAUUAGAGGAGAAGAGGGAUCUCCUGGGGUUCCUGGAAAGAAAGGAGAAAAGGGUGACAUUGGAUAUCCGGGAAGUCCAGGACCAAGAGGACCCCCUGGUGAUCGUGGCCAGAAGGGCUUUCGAGGAGAUCCUGGUAACCCUGGACUGAACAGUGCAAUAGUAGGAAAAAGAGGCUUUGCAGGAGAAGAGGGGGAAGAGGGUGAGAGAGGACAAAAAGGCUCUCGUGGCUCAUCAGGAGGCGUAGGCAACCCGGGUAAUCGUGGACAGCCUGGUCAGUAUGGCUUGCAAGGAAAACAAGGAUACAAAGGACCUCAGGGACAAAAAGGCAGUAACGGUCAAAAAGGACAGAAAGGGAGACCAGGACCUAAGGGUCCUCCAAAUGAACCAGGACCUGUAGGUCUGGCAGGGUCUCCCGGAGCUCCUGGGAAAACAGGAAUUAAAGGACAACCUGGUGAUCUAGGACCGAAAGGAAAAAGAGGUCCAUAUGGUAUGCGUGGAAGGCAGGGGGAAGAUGGUGCUUUUGGAUAUGGCCUACUUGGAGAAAAAGGAGUAAAGGGUGAAGCCGGGGACAAGGGAAUUGCAGGGGAACCUGGACUAAAAGGAUAUAGAGGCAGAAUGGGUAUUCAAGGACCUGCUGGUCUGAAAGGCAGUCCAGGAGACCGGGGAUCUCCAGGACGCAGGGGGCGUAAAGGACUGAACGGACAAGCCUUAUUUUCUCCAUGUGAACUCAUUGACUACGUCCGCAAACACAGCCCUUGCUGGGAUGGAAAACUGAAAUGCCCAGUAUAUCCAACAGAACUGGUGUUUGCCUUGGACAUCUCUAGGACACUCACUCCUGAGACUUUUGAACUAAUGAGAGAGAUUAUGAUAGCGAUAGUGAAUGAUGCCAUAAUCAGAGACAGCAACUGCCCAGUGGGAACCAGAGUUGCUGUUGUUUCCUACAACUCAGUUACCCACUACCUGAUCCACUUCUCAGAGUUUCACAACAAGAACAAGCUACUUAACGCACUAAGAAAUAUUUCUUAUCAGAGAUCCUCCAGUGAACGGGACACUGGAAGUGCGAUGAGAUUCAUUGCCAGGAACGUUUUCAAGAGAACUCUACAAGGUCCUAACGUGAGAAAAAUAGCUGUGGUUUUCAGCCAUGGACCAGCCACAAAUGCAUCUUCUGUUAAACAAGCCGUCCUGGAGAUGAGUGCAGUAGAAGUCAUUCCAGUAGUUAUUGCUUUUGAAAACACACCCCAUAUCUCCCAAGCUUUCCUGAUGGAUGAUUCUGGAUUGUUUCAGGUGCUAAAUGUUCGUGGUGGACAAUAUAAUGAAACGUUAAAAAGAUUUCUGCUCUGCACUUUGUGCUAUGACAAAUGUAAACCAGAUGCUUUUUGUGAACGUCCCAGGCCCCGUUUACCGAGGGCAUAUGUGGAUGCUGCAUUCAUUCUGGAUAGUUCACAGAUGAGUGGUGCUGAAUUUGAGCAAGUGAAAGACUUCAUGAGCAAAGCAGUCACUGCAUUCAACAUUUCCUCGGCUCCAAAAACAUCUGUUGUAGGGGAUAGAAUAGCUGUGGUGAGCCAUGCCCUGUCAGAUUUCAAAGCUGGCACAGGGAAGAGGCCAGUAAAGAAAGAAUUUGACUUUGUUACCUACGGCACUAAAGACCGAAUAAGAAUAUAUAUUAAAGAAUCUCUUCAACAGCUGAAUGGAGAGGCUGCUGUUGGCUAUGCCAUACAAUGGACAAUUGCUAACAUUUUCUCAGAGGCUCCCAAUCCAAGGCCACUCAAAGUUAUCAUCAUUAUAUCUGCUGGAAAAACGAGUCAAUGGGACAAAGGAAUAUUAAAAAGAAUUUCCCUGCAGGCUAAGUGCCAAGGCUAUGCACUGCUUGUGAUUUCACUAGGAAAGUCCUAUGACAGAAAUGAACUGGAAGAGCUCGCAAGCACUCCUCUGGAACAGCAUUUGGUUCAGCUUGGCAGAAUCCACAAGUCUGAACUUGACUAUGUAGUGAGGUUUCUGAAGCCAUUCAUACGUUUCCUCAGGAAUGAGUACAACUACCCACCAGAAGAGCUCAAGCCAAAGUGUAGCACACUCCGCUUUCAGAGCCAAAGACCUGUGUAA